GAAGUCACUCUCAACAGAUAGGCGGAAGCGAAAGUAUUCAUCAUGGGCGACACGGGUACACCUGGCAUUCCAUUUCCAGCUUUUUUGGCAUCGUGGAUACAGCUUUUGGUUCCCCAGCCUUGCUUCAACACCUUUUUCGUUGAGUUCGACUUACUACAUGUACCAUGUCUCAAAGUGUUUAUCAGCAAAGUUCUUGGUUACAGCAUCAUCCUAGGAUCACUUAUAGUGAAAGUGCCUCAGAUUGUGAAGCUCCUGCAUUCACACAGUGGGAAAGGAAUCAGUGUGGCCAGUGUAUCAUGUGAACUGCUGGCCAUCUCUGCCAGCUGGUCCUACAGCUUUGCCAGAAAGUUUCCAUUCAGUUCCUAUGGAGAAGCUAUCUUCAUGGCCAUACAGACUGUACUUAUAGCAUUCUUGGUGCUGCACUUUGAAGGCAAGAAAGCAGCAGCUAUGGGAUACUUGGGUGUUUACUUAGCCGCUAUGUCUUUUUUGUUGUCACCUGCGGCUCCUGAUCAACUUCUAUCUGCCUUACAAGCUUCAAAUGUCUUUUUCAUCGUGAUUAGCAAGGCAAUCCAGGCUUAUGCUAAUCACCGCAAUAAAAGUACAGGGCAACUCUCAGCAAUCACCGUUUUUCUUAUGUUUCUGGGUGCCAUAGCUAGGAUUUUCACAUCCGUUCAGGAGACUGGGGAUAAGCUGAUUGUUUUCACUUACAUCGUCUCUUCCAUCUUCAAUGGCAUCAUUGCUUUACAAAUGAUAAUCUACUGGAAUGCCACUUCUCCAAAGAGAGAUUAAAACUACAGAAAUUGAAGCAUCUGCGUGUGUGUACAACGAGAUUUAUUCUUAGGUAAAGACAAAUAAGAAAUUCAGAAUAAUAGAGUUUUAUUUCUUGGAACAAAUUAAGGUAGAAGAAAUAUAACACACACUUUCACUCUUUUGUGUGUGAGUACAUGCACUUGAUUUCCUUUUUUAAGGCAUCUUGUAAUGUAGACUUUUGAAGUGAUCUUUUAAAUUUGGUGAAUUAAUUUUGCACCCAUAAUUGAAGACAGAUGGUUACAUACUAUCAACAUCAACUUUUCUGGUUUGCUUGCACUGAAAAAUUGUGGCAAAUUUGAUAUAAAACCAUAACUAUGAUUACCCUGCAGAGUUAUGUGGGAAAACUUUAUUAAUCCAGCACUAUAAUUCUUAAAUUAUUAGUGGCUUGUGCUGUACUUUUGGAAUAAUUUUUUUUUUUUUUUUUUGCUUUGCUUCCUUACUAACAGCAUUUCCUUAGGAAAUAAUUCAUGACUGUGUCCUUUAUAAAAACAAACCACAGGUAGCUUAAUCUUUAGGUUAAUGCUUAUAUUUAUCUAAAUAUGGAAAGCUGUAUAAAUUUUAUGCAUAAAUGGAAGAUUAAUAAAGCAUAAAUAUGUUUGGUGUUUGCAGUUGUUAUUUUUCGGGGGGGUUUUCUUUUUUUUUUUUUUUUUUUAAAGUGAAAAGUAAAGUGUAACUCUACCAUGGUAGCUGCUUUCAAAGUAUACUUCUAUGAAGCAGGUUAAUAACUUCUGUUGUGGUGUAAAAUGUAUUGACAAGAGCAAAUAUAUUUAAUCCUGUAGUUAUAACAAAAGACAAUACCUUUAAUAUAAUAAUUAAAAUGAAAAUCUUGUUCCUAUAUUUAGCUCUUUACAGUUGUGUGUUUCUAACUCUAACACUGAGUAAACAUAAUUUUUUGCCUGUAAAUUAUGAAAGUGAAAGAGCUGAUGACUACUUUGUCGUUGAUAUCUUUAGCAUUCAAUCCUUUCAACGAGCUGUGAAAAGUAUGGGUGCAGGCAUGUUUGCAUAAGUAUGUGCAGUAUAUAUAUAUAUAGAAAUAACAAUUUCAAGAAAAAUGACUGCAUAAGUAUAUCCAUUAUAUAUGUAUAUAUAAGCACACAAUUUCCAGAACAUUCUAGUAAACAGUAGGUUUAAAAGAGCUCUUUACAGUCUCCCUUCUCUCCCCUUACUCUAUAACUAUGACAUAUUUUGAGCUUUACCAUUAGACAUUCCACUCUGAUCCUUGAGGAUGAUAAGGACAAAUCAUUCACAUCUUUGUUCUGUAUUUUAAGAGUAGAUUUUUUUUAAUGCAGUGCAGUUUAUAAUAAAACUACUUUCUUUAGAAAAUGUCUUUGGCUGCAUUUGCUUAAAGACUUAAAAUCCAAAAUCGUUUUCUAAAAUGAUGAGAUACAAUCACACAUCCAAAUUAGAACUCAUCUGUAAAAGAAAUUUAAUUAUGUAUAAACUAAUGUACAAAUACUCAUUCAAUAUUAACAUGUGAGUAAGCAUUUGCAUUGGAUAUGUUGAUCACAACAUCCAUAAUUACAGUGUAAAAUGCAUAAGUGGUAAAAAGAAAAAAAAACCUAUGUAUUGCAAGUGAAAAAUGAAGCAAAAAGUGCAAAACGCUUGUGUCAAAUAAUCCUCUGUAACUGAAAAUAAAGCAUUUCUGCAGACAAGAAAUAUUCUAUUUUCAUCAAAUAUUUUGUGCUGCAAACGAAAAUGUGUUCUAAUUUCUAAGAUCCUGUUUAUUUGUGAAUAAAUUUCUGGAUAUAUGGAUAACAAAUAAUAAAAGAAAAAUGCAUAUUUUUAUAUAAAAAAUAUUUUCUCAUUCAUUCUUGAAAGUUUUAUGCAGAAUAUCAUGAUUUAAAUGACAUACAAGAACUAAAAUAUAAACAUUUUCUUUCGUGUUAUAUUUUCCUUGCAUUUGUGAUUUGCGUUCCAAACCCAGUAUGAAACAAUAAAACAAAAGCAGAAGAAAUGUACACAAGACAAAAAAUUCUGUAUUUUAUUAACCCUGGAAUUUUUGCUUGUUUCAAUAAACCUUUAUUUACAGCUGUGGCUCUAUGCUUCUCGAGGAGUAACAAGAACUAAACUAAACUUAUUUACAGCUUUUUUUUGAUU